UGCGCUAUAGCCCAGACUUUUCGACUUCACCCCACCUCGCACCCAUACACUCUCGAUCGCCUCGGUAUGAACCCCGUGGAGGAAGCACCGUCCCCGUCAAGGAUACCAGAGAACAACGGCAGGGAGAAAAAGGCCACCACCCCUGGACGAACAUGGAGGCGAUUUUUUGGCGAGAGUUCCACGGGCAACCAGGCGUCUGACCAGGAAGCUUCCUACCGCCCCAAAUCGACCCUGGGGAUUCUGAGUGAUAAGCACACCGAUGAAGUACCUGGAACGGUCCUUCUUCUAUCGUCUUAUCGCAAUGAGCCUCUGGGAAUGCGGCAUCAGCCGCAGCGCAUGUCAGCCUCAUCUCUGCCCAUCAGCAACCCCAGCUCCCGGUCAUCAUCAAGGAAUGCAGGCCCUCGACAAAAGCGUACAGCAGAUGGGGAAAUUGUUUUGAAUCCCCAGCCAGAUGAUUCAGCUAAUGACCCUCUGAAUUGGCCUAUGUGGCAACGAGAUGCGGCGCUGUUGUCGCUAGGCUUCUAUUGUCUUAUAGGAGGAGGUAUGACCACCAUCUUAGCCGCAGGAUUCAGCGAGGUUGCAGCGACCUACAAUGUUACCCAACAGCAGGUCGCAUUUACAACAGGCUUGUAUAUGUUGGGUCUCGGCGUAGGAUCCGUGAUCAUGUCACCCACUGCGAUUCUUUUUGGGAAACGUCCAGUGUAUCUGUUGAGUGCUACACUUUUUAUUAUAUCGGGCGUUUGGUGUGCGCUCUCGCCCAACUACCCUAGCUUGGUUGUUGCUCGCGUCUUUCAGGGUAUUGCUGUGAGUCCUGUCGAAUGCCUACCAUCAGCGACCAUCGCAGAGAUCUACUUCUUGCAUGAAAGAGCCUAUCGAGUGGGUAUCUACACCUUACUUCUUCUGGGUGGUAAGAACCUUGUUCCGUUGGCUAGUGCUGCUGUCAUUGGAAGCCUUGGGUGGCGCUGGGUGUUUUGGAUUGUCGCCAUCAUCGUUGGAGCAUUCCUAGUGCUGCUUUUCCUUUUCGUUCCAGAGACUUUUUGGGACAGAACGCCCCGUCCUCGACGCCCCCAUAGACGUCCAGCCCACCCCCACCGAACCGUUUCAGAUUUAGUCACCCAAGGAUUGAAGGGGCGUCGACCAGAGAAGCACAUGGAAGAGCUGCCUGAUCCAACGGACGAAGAGGGUCCCGAGGUCAUCAAAAAGCCAAGAAACGCCAAUGUCCAUUUUGGGUUUGCAAAUGACCCCGACAUUGUUGAGGAGAAGUAUGCUGGGGCAGAUGAAGUAGGCCCAUCGGGUCCCAAGAACGAGGAGCCUACUGAGUUAGACGGAGCUCCCGCCAGCGACUUACACCCUGUAACGAGCGCAAAUGAGAGCGCAAAUGAUACAAUCCAGCCCGUGCAGACUGAGAUAGAUGACUCUUUCCAAAGAUCCGCUUCUCUGGAAGCUGCCCGGCGUACAACUCUUUCUCCCGCUCGAAGCGAGUCACUCGAGCCUGGAACGCCGCAGAGUUCCACCCUACAGUACACCAAUCGACUACGCGAACGCCCAAAGGUCCCCUACCUGUCACUACUCAGGGUUUGGAAUGGGCGGAUUGUACAAGACAACUGGCUGAAAGUCGCGGUCCGACCGUUCGUACUUUUCGCCUAUCCCUCUGUUCUUUGGUCCGCCGUUGUCUAUGCCCUUUCUGUUGGAUGGCUGAUUGUGAUCUCCGAGUCGGUGUCAAAGAUCUACGAAAGUCAGGAGGUAUAUGGGUUCACUGCAUUACAGACUGGUCUCAUCUACAUAUCCCCGUUUGUGGGAGGACUCCUGGGAACUGCGGUCGCCGGUAAAGUAUCUGAUAUCGUUGUACGAUACCUCACGCGGCGGAACGGCGGCAUCUAUGAGCCUGAGUUCCGCUUGGUGAUGGCCAUUCCGAUUGCAUUGUCCACUGUCAUUGGGUUGAUGGGGUUCGGAUGGAGUGCACAGCUCAAGGAUGCGUGGAUCGUGCCAACCAUUUUUUUCGGACUGGUAUCCUUUGGGUGUUGUCUGGGAAGCACGACGGCCAUUACAUUCUGCGUGGACAGCUACCGAAUGUAUUCCGGCGAGGCGCUCGUGACAUUGAACUUUAGCAAGAAUAUUCUGCACGGCCUCGUUUUUUCGCUCUUCAUUGUUGAUUGGUUGGAGGCAGACGGGUUCCGUACGGUCUACUUGGCCAUCGGGGGCAUCCAGCUAUUUUUGUUGUCGAUGAGCAUCCCCAUGUACAUCUAUGGCAAGCGAGCUCGAAUGUGGACUGUUCGGAAACGCCUGAUGGAAAGCUUUUGA